AAAUUCACGGCUACUCGACUUUGUAAGUGGGUUCAGUGCCAUCGUUCGAUUUUUACUUUUUCCUCUAUCAACUGUUUAUUAUUCCAUGGAUCAAAUCACACCGUUGCCGUCAACCGCACCGGAGCAAAGAGGCGCCGGCGGCAAACUUCGAAAGCCACCGCCGAGAAAGCCACCAGCCAGUCCUUACGCCCGUCCACCAUCGAACCGCCGAUGGAUUUCAAAGCUCGUUGAUCCUGCCUACCGCAUCAUCGCUGACGGAGCCACUCGUUUUCUUCCUUCUUUCUUCUCCGCUACUGAUUCCGCUACUAACCCUCCUUCCAUUGAAGAUGAUCAAGGUAAAUUGGGAACCAGUGAACAACACAAUGAAGAUAGUCUGCUCAAAAUCAAUUUACAUCUCCCACAAUCUGAAUUGUCUAAAAUGGCAAGCAUCGGUGAUGGUAGCAGUAAGCAAAACAGCAGUUUUGACUUUGUUCUGCCUAGGCGUGUUGAGAAAGGAGAGCAACAUGAGAAUAAUAAGCUUUCAGAUAUAGAGCAACUGGUGAAACGAACAAAAUUCACUAGAGAUGAAUUCAAUCGUAUGGUGGAAAUUUUGAAUUCAAGAGAAAUCGACGUUUUGAAUGUUGAAGAAGGAAAGGAGCAUACAAAUUUGACUUCUAGACAAGAUGUUGGGGGCCUUGUAGCGGCACACAAGCUUCCGAAGGUUUUCAAUGAACGAAGGCACGAAGAAUCAAAUGCAGCCAUACGGGGUAGCGCAACACCUGGCAUCUCAAAAGGUCAAGAUGAAAUCGGUGCUUCACCAAUUGAGAUUGCUAGAGCAUUUAUGGGUUCCCAAGCAUCCGAAGGAGGCCCCAGUUCUAAAAACAUGAUUCAAACUGUCGAAAGCACAAUGCUCCUUACUGAUGAAGCUGCAAUAAAAUCAUAUGAUCCAUCACCAUCAAAAAAGUCACCAACAGGCUGGCCAGGGGCAUUCGUGCAGCAUGCUUACUCAACACCACAAAGUCAGGGAAGCAAAUAUGGAUUUCUUAAUCAUGCACGGACUCCGUAUUCCAAAACUCUAUUAACAAAGUCUAAGUCCAAGUUGAUUCAUACCCAAGGCAGUUACAGCCGCAUUUCAUCAACUCCUCUCCGUCAAUCACAAACAAGUCUGUAUCUGAAGGACAAAUCUGAAGUUGGUGCAUCGGAAAGUGGAUAUGGGUCUGUUGGACCUAUUCGUCGAACUAGGCAUAAGGUUGGUGUACAAUCAACUUCACGGAGACCGGCAUAUUCAUCUAUGAGUUCUUCACAGAGAGAAAAUUCCAGUUUUAUUGAAUCUUCAACUCCUACUGUUGCAACAAGAAUGGAUCUGGGCUGGAUGAGCAGCAGUCAUAAGCCAUUGGGCUUUGAGCGCAGUGUUCCAACAGUACCCACGCAUACUAGUUUGAUGGCUAAGAAGAUAUUGGAGCAUAUUGAUAGAAACAUUCCCACUCCUAAGGAGAAAUCUGCUGAGCUGAAGCUAGCAACUAAAUGGAAUAAUGCUGAAUCUUCGGUUAAUACAAGUACUGUCUUUUCAAAUGUAGACAAUGGCUUGGUUAAACCAAAAGAUGUUAGCCCUAGUAAAUACAAUGAGUUUUGUGGAACGGAUUCUAUUCUAAGAAAUGAAGAUGAAGGGAACUGCAAUGUUGAUAUUCAACCUAGGGAGAGUACUGAUAAAUCUGUUGACAUCACAAAAGAAGGGACUUUGACAUCUGACCUGAAUGUUCACAGAAGUAUCCCCAGACUCGCUAAUGAUGCAAGGACUACACAAAAUUUUGGUAGUUCUCAAAUGUUUUCAGUGAAGUCUACUGACAAGGAUGUUUUGAUGGCUCUCCCAAGUGUUGGUCAGUAUCCUUUAGUAAAUCAAGAAAAGAAGACAGUCGCUAAUAAUGCCGCUAGUAAACCAGUUUUAGCUCCAAUUUCCAUCAAGAAGCCUGAAUCAAAAUGGGCCUUAGCAUCAGAUAACAGCUCGGGAUUUACCUUCCCUGUUACAGCAACCUCGUCUGUAUUCUCUGAACCGCCAACACCAUCCAUCAUGCCAUUAUUAUUCUCUACUGGUAAUCAGCAACAAUUAGAAGAAACAUCUAAUCAAUUGUUAUACAGUUUUGGAGUUAAAAUGUCAAAUCCAGCAGUAGUCUUUUCCUUCCCUUCCACAAGCAAUACAGUUGAUAAUGAUGCUGGAGUCAUAAAGUAUAACUUUGGUUCAAUCAAUACGGCAAGGCUGUCGUUUUCAUUUGAAAAAACUGCUGUCAACUGUUGAGUAAAACGAACAAAUGAGGUUCCAAAAGAUUGUCUCUGCUAAUUUUUUACCUCUCAUUUCUUUAUUUAUACCCUUCAACAGGCUACCAGCAGGUUUUGUACUUUAGCUUACAAUUUGUUUUAAGGUGAAUAUGAGGAAAAUGAUGUCGUUUUGGUGCAGAAAAUGUGAUGUUUAUGGUUCUCAUGAUCUCAUCCCACUUGUGUAUUUUCUUUCUAAAACGCAUCUCAUCGGAAAACAUAAAAGGUUAUAUGAUGAGAUCUUUUUAUUCGAGAA